AUGUCCGCCGCGCCGCGUCGCGCCCCCGAUCCUCCCGCGCUUCGCGCGCGCGCGCGCUCGACGCGACACCGCGACGCUCGAUGCCGCGCCGCCGUCGUCCGUCGCACGGGCGAGGACGAACCGACGCAAACGCCCGGCGUCGUCCGUCGCGCCUUCGCCGUCGACCUCGGCGGUCCGACCCCCGCCGCCGUCGCGCUCGCGUUCCCGGACGCCACCGACGCGGUGUGCUUCGAACUCACGCGCCCGCUCGGCGUCGUCUUCGAGCAGCGGCUCAGCGGCGCGACGACGGAGAUUUUCGUGGACGAGGUCGUGGAGAACGGCGCGGCGGCGAAAGCCGGCGUCGAGCGGGGCGACGUCUUGCGCCUGUGCACCGCGGUGUUCGAAGUCAGCGCGCCCGUGGACGUCACGACGUGGUUGAAUCCACCGGCGAAGCGCAAGGUGAAGGCGUACUACGAGUGCGACGCGAAACCGUUCGAUUCAGUGAUGGACGCGCUGGCGUCGCACGGCGUCCAAAUCGACACGCCGAACGGAAAGGAGGACGUCAAAUUCGUGGGGUUGGUGCUUCAACGCGCGCGCGCGUAG